AGUGUGUGUGCGAAUAUCAAUCACAUGAAUAGAAGGUUUCUUUGGGGCUCUGAUGUCGCUAGUAAACCGCAUUUGGUGAAUUGGAGCACUGUUUGCUUACCCCGUGAUUAUGGGGGUUUAGGAUUGCGGUGGAGUGUGAGCUCUGGGCAGAGGAUUAAACUCUGGCAAGAUGUUUGGGUGGGUGACACGCCCUUAUUGGAGCAUGCUGCCUCAGAGCUUCUUCCUAAAUCCAUUGUUGAGAAGGUUUUAGCCACUCUGAUUUCAGCUUUCGGGAGACAACAUGAUAAAGUAUUCUGGAAUGGUUCAUCAACUGAUCUGCAUGCUUGGCUUAAGCACAAUGCAGAGAGGUCUUUAGCAUCCGGGGCUCCAUUUCCAUCUUGGAACAUCUAUUUCUUGUCAGCUAUUUGGACAAUUUGGAAGAGUAGGAAUGCAGUUAUUUUUUAUGGUAAGAAGAUUCCUCCACAUGCUCUACAACAGCACAUUUACCGUUUGGCUAUAGACACAAGUAUGGCACUAACGUCUAAUGUUCUAGCUCCUUGCCGAGUUCCUAGAUGGGUACGAUGGUAUCCACCAGAUUUCCCUUUUCUUAAAUUAAAUACUGAUGGGGCUAUGAAUCAUACCACUGGAAGAGCUAUUACUGAUGGUCUUAUUCGUGACCAUGGGGGACAGUGGAUUCAUGGAUUUACUGUAAACAUUGGUCCCCAAUCCAGUUUCAUGGCUGAGCUAUGGCCCUGUCGUGCAGGGUUACAAUUAGCUUCUAUGCUGGGUGUUACACAUUUAACGCUAGAAAUGGAUUCUCUUAUGGCUAUUCGAUUGAUUUAGACAAAACAAAUAACGGAGGGUUUUGCUUUUGUGCUCAUGUUUGAUAUUUUGCAUUUAAUUAGUAUGUUCACUAUCUAUAGGGUGUAGCAUGUUCUUCGUGAAGGUAAUUCAAUAGCAGAUUUCAUGGCUGUUAUAGGUCAUUCUCUGCCACAAGGUACUACUCUUUUCCAAACUCCCCCAGUGGGUAUACAAGGAAUUCUUCAACAAGACAAUCUAGGAACAUUGUUCCUUAGGACUUAGCUUCUUAUGUACCAAAAUAAAUAAAUAAAUAAGGGCUUU